CGUUUAACACAACUGAAGCAAAAACGUGAGCCUGUUGACCCUCAUAUAAAAUUUCAUCACCAUGCUUCUACGAAGCUCAUCAACUCCGAUCCUAAAUUCAUGGCUUCCACACGCAGUAAAAGACUCAUCCCUAGUCCCAGAGCUCGAAAUAGUCCCCCAAAUCCCCAAACGACGAAGCUCACUUUCCUUAACAGUCGGUUCUUCACCUCCGGUGAUCAGCGAUCCAACCACUAAGGCGAUGACACGUGCGCUCUCCGAAACCGACCUCCGCGAGCUCCCGGUUCCGAGGAAGAAGCCGUUUUCGAGAACUCUGAGCGGAAUCUCGGUGGAGGAGGAGGUGGAGGAAGCGAUAAAGAUGGUGGGGUCUGGUAGUAAAACGGUGUCGUCAUUGGGGGAUAGGUGCGAGGUUGGGACGAACAGUGGGAGUGGGAUGCUGAACUUGUUGGUGGCGGGUGGGUUCGGGUGUGGCGGCGGUAAGAUCUGUGGCGGCGGUGGAGGUGGACGAUCGGACGGUGAUGAAGAUGGGAGCUUCGAUUUCUGGGAUUCGAAUCAUGGGAGUGAUGGGACUGAUUUGUAUUAUCAGAAAAUGAUCGAGGCUAAUCCUGGAAACUCGCUUUUGCUCAGCAACUAUGCUAGGUUCUUGAAAGAGGUUCGCGGAGAUGUUGAAAAGGCGGAAGAGUACUGCGGGAGGGCGAUUUUGGCGAACCCGAAUGAUGGGGAAGUGUUAUCCAUGUAUGCAAAUUUGAUAUGGCAGGGCCAUAAGGAUGCUCCUAGAGCUGAGAAUUACUUUGAUCAAGCUGUUAAAGCUGCCCCUGAUGACUGUUAUGUUCUAGCAUCCUAUGCUCGGUUUCUUUGGGAUGCUGAAGAAGAAGAAGAAGAAGAAAUGGACCAUGAAGUGGAAGAUGGCACUAGCAAAACAUUACCAGUAACAGCCAGUUUCUUCCAUGGAGCUCCUAUAGCUGCUUCUUCUUGAAAGCUUUCUCUUUGCAUCUCUCUUGUAUCAUAUAUAGAUAGCCUGAAUAUUUUUCUGACCUUUUGUUAAUAUAUCCGUGACUUUUUUGCCUGCUGAGAUGAGUUGUAUUAAAGAUUUAGAAAAAUUUUCCCCCUCAUUCUUGUAGUCAUAGUUGUAGAAUGCAAAUAAGAAAUGAAGGAAUGAGUUUUGAGUUUUAAAUUU